AUGCCUCCUCCUCCUCCACCACCUCCACCGCCGCCGCCCGGUGGCAUGGGAGGACCCCCUCCCCCUCCCCCUCCAGGAGCACUCCCGAGUAGGCCAUCAGGCGCGGAAGCGAAAGGCCGGGGUGCCCUUCUCUCGGAUAUCCAUAAAGGUGCACGACUUAAGAAAACCGUAACCAAUGACAGAUCAGCGCCUCAGCUUGCCGGGGGAGGCGCGAAAUCAUCUGGUCCUGCUAUUGCAGGUGCACCGCCCGUUCCAACCAUGCCGAAACUCCCGGGUUCGGCACCACCGGUACCCGGGCAAGCAGUGAACAGACUACGAAGUGAUAGCGGAGCUGGUUCAGGGGGGGACAGUGGUGCGGCUUUACCAGCAGCUCCACAGCUGGGAGGUCUCUUUGCUGGAGGUAUGCCCAAGCUACGCAGCCGAGGAGGAGUUGAUACUGGAGCCAAUCGAGAUUCGCCAUAUCGAUCUGAAUCACAAGGCUCGUCGGCACCGAAACCUCCAGUGUCGCCUGCUCCGAAGCCUCCAGGAGCUCGUCCUCCUCCACUGCCUUCUUCAGAGUCUCCUCCCGCCCCUCCUGUUAACUCAUUGGUUGCUGGUCUAAAGAAGCCUCCCCCAAGGCCCGCCUCGCGGCCAUCAUCUACUGUCUCAAGUGCAUCGGCCAGGUCGGCGUCGGAUGUUCCACCACCUCGCGCACCACCACCGUUGCCAGGCUCAGCGAAGCCACCUCCACCACCUCCCGUGUCCUCUAGGAAACCAUCAACUCCAGCCCCACCUCCUCCUGCACCCCCUUCUACAAGUCCAGCUGCACCACCUCCACCUCCA